AUGAUACUUCCUAAAACACAACAUAGUAAAGAAGAAAAGCAAUUAUUGAAAAACAUGGGUAUUCCGGAAUGGUUGUUACAACCGACAGUUAUUUCACCUAAAGAAUCUUGUGAAUUGGAUAAAGUAGGUUUAUCAAGUUCUAUUGUUCAACGUUGUCAAGAAUUAGGCUUAUCUUCUUUUUUUGCUGUUCAAAUGGCUGUCAUUCCAGUAUUUCUUAGAAGACAGGCAUUAUAUGAUACUAGACGAGUACCAGGUGAUCUAUGCGUAUCGGCCCCUACAGGCAGCGGUAAAACAAUGGCUUAUGUGUUACCUAUUGUCGAUAUUUUAUCAAAAAGAAUUGUUACUCGAUUACGUGCUGUUGUUGUAUUACCUACACGCGAUUUAGUAUUUCAAGUGAAAGAAACGUUUGAUGCAUUUGUAAAAGGUACAAAUUUAGUUGUUGCCGCUGCUAGUGGACAACAGUCUUUUGCACAUGAACAAAGAGCCUUAGUUGGAAAUGAUGAUGAACAAGAAAGUUAUUCUGGGGGUAAGAGUCGAGUUGAUAUUUUGGUGACAACGCCAGGUCGUUUAAUAGAUCAUUUAACAUCAACGCCUAAUUUCACACUUCAGCAUCUUCGAUUUUUGGUCAUUGAUGAGGCAGAUCGACUUUUAAAUCAAAGCUAUAAUGAUUGGUUGAAUAAAAUAUUAUUAGCUACUCGACCUGAGGUGAAUCAUGAAGUUCCUUUAGUAGACUUUAAAUAUAACAAGAAUGGCAUAACAGAAGCAGAUGCAAUAGCCCCAAGUUUUAUGAAAACAAAACACCAAAUACCAACAACUGAUCUUGAUUUACCUAAAAAGCCAUCUGUACAAAAGCUUUUAUUUUCAGCUACUUUAACAAAAAAUCCAGCUAAAAUUGCAGAUUUACAUCUAAAUACUCCAGAAUAUAUUUCAGUUCAAAACGAAGAUGGAAGUCAAAUGAAACAAGAAUAUACAACACCUGAAGGAUUGAAAGAAUAUAUGAUUAUUUGUCCAAUAGAAAAAAAGCCGCUUAUGGUUAUUUACUUGCUUCAUCAACUAGGUAUCAAAUCUGGAUUAUGUUUUACAAAGUCAAUUGAAUCUACUCAGAGACUUCAAAUGCUACUAGAAGCUUAUGAAUCAACACAACCUGAGGAAAGUCGUAUUCGAGUAAAAGAAUAUUCAAGUGAACUUGGUCCUAUUAAGCGAAAGCAAAUGCUGAAACAAUUCAAGGAUGGACAAAUAGAUUUACUUAUCUGUUCAGACUUAAUUGGUCGUGGUAUUGAUCUAGAUUCAGUUCAAUUUGUGAUUAGUUAUGAUGUUCCUUAUUAUAUGGACAAAUAUAUUCACCGAGUAGGACGUACUGCGCGUGCAGGUAGAGAAGGCGAAGCUUAUACAAUAGUUGAAACACAAGAAACACGCCAUUUUAAAGAAAUGUUACGUCAUUCUGGACAUUUAAAUCAAGUAAAGCCCUUAAUUAUAGAUAAAGAAAAAGUAAAAGAAUUAGCACCUGCUUAUAAAAAGGCCAUCUCCAGUUUAACAAAUGAAGAAUAA